UCAGCAACACUCCGCAAGUGUCGCCAUUGAAGCGCUAUCGGUAGCAGCUUUUUAUCCAGUUCAACAUCAAUCCUCAACUUCUCCAUCACCGGCGUCGGCUUCAACGCCUAUCCCAAUGACCGAAUCUCCCGGUUCCCCCUCUCCUCAAUUGCGUCCGACGAAAUGUCGGAUCGCGAAGACCUCAAGCAUCCCUUCUCGCCGUCGGCCCCAACCCUACCUCCUUCCAAGCGUCGUCGCACUGGUGUCGCGUCGUGGGAUCGCAAUACUCCUCUCUCGACCACAUUUCAAGAAGACAUCCCACCGACCUCCCCCUCGACCUCGAUCUCGUCAGAUACCUCCGGCGACAUCCCCAACUCUCCCACCCUCCUGGCCCUGAUAGGCGGCAGCCAGGAUGACGACUACAGCGGCCAGGGCAACGACCAGGUUACCGUAUGUCGGUGGGAGGGGUGCAACGUAGGGGAUCUCGGCAACAUGGACGAUCUGGUCCAGCACAUCCACAACGAUCAUGUCGGUAACCGACAGAAACGAUACUCCUGCGAGUGGUCCGACUGUCCUCGAAAGGGCCAAACGCAUGCGAGCGGCUACGCACUGCGCGCACAUAUGAGGAGCCAUACGAGGGAGAAACCAUUCUACUGUGCGCUACCAGAAUGCGACCGCAGUUUCACACGUUCAGACGCCCUCGCCAAACACAUGCGAACUGUCCACGAGACAGAAGCCCUUCGACCCUCUGACCCCGUACCAAAAGGCCACAAUGUCCCAGCCUCCGCGAUGGGAACCCCCGCCGGAACCCCCGUCAGUAAACUCCAGCGCAUCAGACUGAAGCUAUCACAACCGAAGAACGAGGCAGACAGGCUCAGCGAGAUCGCCAACGACGAGGCAAUCGUCGCCGAGGACCUCGACGAGCUCGAGCUACCCGAGUUCGGUCCCGAGAUCGGGUUUGACGAGCACGAGCUCCAGCUCCGGCCGUAUGAUCUCUACCGGCUGCUUCGUCGGCAGAUCCACUGGGCCGAGAAGGAAGGCCAAGAGCUAAAGGAGGAAUGGGAGAAGAUCAGGCCGAAAAGAAAGCAGGCGUGGCUGGAGAAGGAGACCAUCUUCGACGAUGUCAUCGACGCCGAACUCCGCUUGUUCAGUGCCGUUGUGGCCACGGAGGGUCUCCCAGCCGAAUCAGGUAAUGCCGCAAACGGUGUCCAGAAAGUGCAGCAAGGACAGCUAGCGCUGGCUGAAGCAGAGGCGAGUCUGAGCCGCGACUCAAUGUCUAUUCCUCCAUGAUCUCGUCCUGCAUAAAUUUGUCUCCUCCGUAUACGUAUUCACUUCUUCUCUACUGGUCUUUCAUGGGUUAGGCUCUCGGCGUCAUUGUGGAUUUUCUACCGUACUUGCGAUUCAAUGUGGCACAUCGGACUUUUCAGUUCAUGGAUGUAUCUGCAGAUCGAACAAUAAUGUCUUGUAUCAUUAUUUUGAUAGGUCGGGAAUAUGGAGAUCAAUUUACCGCUCC